AUGAAUGUUGAAGUCACCCCAAUUUUACCACCAGUACCCGGCAUUGAUCUUGAACAGUAUAAACGUACACUAAUUGAACGUUUUUCAAAUCCAAAUAUUAAAGAUACUGCAGUAAGAGUAUGUAGGAAUGGAGCAUCGAAAUUUUCAAAAUUUGUUGUACCUAUUAUUGUUGAGCAACUUAAACGAGGAAAUAAUCCACAUUUUUGUGCAUUAUCUGUUGGUGCUUGGAUACGAUAUUUAAGUGGAUUUGAUGAACAAAAUAAACCGAUUAUAUUACAAGAUACAUUAGCUGUUGAUCUUAAAUUAAGUGAAUUAGCUGCAAAAACAAGACCAGAUGUAAAAGAAAUUUUAAGUACUAAUCAAAUCUUUGAUGAUUUAGCUGAAUAUCCGCAAUUUAUUGAAGCCGUGGAAAGAGUUGUUCAACUUUUGUAUGAAAUUGGUUCAAAAGAAACGCUUAAACGAUGGGUUAAUGAAGCUCCAUACCAAAACAUAACUAAUUAA